UUCAUCUGGUUUUUAGCAAUGUCGAUGGUAACAGUCAAAGUUAGCAACGUUUCUCUAGAAACAACAGAACGUGAUCUCAAGGAGUUCUUCUCUUUCUCCGGCGAUAUUGCUUACCUUGAGACUCUAAGUGAGAAUGAAGGUUCUAAAUCAGCAUAUGUCACAUUCAAGGAUUUACAAGGAGCUGAAACCGCAAUUCUCCUCACAGGAGCAACGAUUGUCGAUUCAUCAGUCACAGUCACAAUGUCACCAGACUACAAACUAUCUCCUGAUGCUUUAGCUUCCAUUGUAAGUUCUCAGGAAUCAACGAAAGCGAGCGACAAAUCAUCAUCUCCUUCGCGUGAAGAUGUAUCGGUAUUUAGAAAAGCUGAAGAUGUUGUAAGUGGUAUGAUUUCAAAAGGGUUUGUUCUAGGGAAAGAUGCGAUAGCUAAAGCGAAAAAUCUUGAUGAGAAGCAUCAGUUGACAUCAAUAGCUUCAGCUAAAGUCACAUCUUUCGACAAAAGAAUCGGUUUCACUGAGAAAAUCAAUACCGGGACAACGGUUGUGAGCGAAAAAGUUAAAGAAGUCGAUCAGAAGUUUCAAGUCACAGAGAAAACCAAAUCAGCAAUAGCUGCUGCUGAGCAGACAGUGAACAAUGCUGGCUCUGCUAUAAUGAAAAACCGCUAUGUCUUAACCGGUGCGACGUGGGUUACUGGUGCAUUUAACAAAGUGAGUAAAGCUGCUGAGGAAGUUGGACAAAAGGCAAAAGAAAAAGUUGGUUUGGUUGAGGAAGAAGAAGAGGAGAAGAAGAAAGUGGUUGCUGAAGUUGUUCAUUUGUGUGAAAAACCAAAGGGUUUAGACCAAUCAGAACAACGUUCUAAACUCAAUGAAUCACAAUCACAAUUGCAACCACAGCCACCGAAGGAGUUUACUCCAAGUGUUGCUUCAGCUCAACCUUGAGAUACAUACAUAUGUGAAAUAUUUUGUUUUCUUUGGUAUGACAUUAAGAAAUUUUCUCCAAACGUUUGGAACAAAAGAAGCUGACUUGUUAGGACAGGGCCUAUAUGUUCCAGAAAACAUUGGAUUGCAAACUCUUGUUGCUUUUGUUGUUCUUGUUUCUGUCUUCUUUCUUCUUGUUGUUUCUCCAUUACAAGAAAAUGGUGAAGAAAAUU